CUGUGACAGAGCUUUGCUGCAGAAACACAGAGCACUGCCAACGAGGCGGCUGAAGGAAGUCACGCAGCUGAGAGGAAAGCGGUCUGCAGCAGAACAUCAGCAGAGACAAAGUAAAAGGCGAACAUGGACAGCAAUCCUGCUUCACCCUAUGCAGCAGACGAACGUCUCAGGAUCGUGAUGGUUGGGAAAACUGGAGCUGGGAAGAGUGCAGCAGGAAACAUCAUCAUAGAAAGAAGAGUUUUUAAAUCCACUUCGGCUUCGUCUUCAGUAACAGCAGAGUGUCAGAAGGAAACAUCAGAGUUUGGGGGUCAAGCACUGGGUGUAGUUGAUACUCCAGGUCUGUUUGAUACCAAACUAUCUCAAGAGCAGGUGGUGAAAGAGAUCAGUAAGUGCAUCUUCUUUGCUGCUCCUGGUCCUCACGUGUUCCUGGUUGUGAUCCAACCAAACAGAUUCACCAAAGAAGAACAAGAAACAGUGAAAGUCAUUCAGAAGAUAUUCGGAGAUGAAGCGUCACGCUACACUAUGGCCUUGUUCACCCACGGAGACGAUCUGGAAGCAGAUGAAGUCAGUGUAGAAGAUUUAAUUAAUGGAAAUAAAGAACUCAGUGACUUCAUCAGUCAGUGUGAGGGAGGAUAUCAUGUUUUUAACAACAGACGAAAGGAUUCCUCUCAGGUCAAGGAGCUGCUGGAGAAGAUCAACACAAUGGUCCAGAGAAACGGAGGAAGCUGCUACAGCAAAGAGAUGCUUGAAGAAGCUGAGAAAGCAAUAAAAGCAGAAAUGGAUCAACUCCUAGAAGAAAAUCCAGAGAUGUCAGAAGAAGAAGCCAGAAGACGGGCAGAAAGAGAAAACGAGUUCACCAGGGCUUGUUUGAUAGGGGCGAUCAUCUUAGGCCCACUGGGAGAAGCACUGGGAGCAGGACUGGCAGCUGCAGUUGUAGCACUGAAAAAUAAAUGUGUCACACAGUGA